AUGGCGUCGGUAAACCGGAAAGACUACGGGCCUACGCCGCAGGUGGAAGAUGACGAUCUGAUCGACCCGGAUGAUGGCAAGUUCCCUUUUUUCAUCACUGACCUGGACGACCUGGACGAUCUCGAUGACCCGAUGACGGCGGCCAGCGCGUCCAAAGCUCCUCUGCGAGGAAACAUCGGCCAGUCCCCAUCUAGCGGUGGCAUCGGCAGUGGCAGUGGCAGCGGCAGCGGUAGUGGCAGCGGCAGCGGUGGGGGUGCCGGUGGUGGACCGUCCAGCUUUGGGCGGUCGCUGAGCGAGAACUAUCUGACGUCGCAGAUCCCGGGUGAGGACCGGCGGGCGCCGACGAACACGAUCGACGAGACGGUGUGGGCGACGCUGCGACGGGACCUGCUGGCGGUGUGGGCCAAGAUGCGCGAGGUGCUGUAUCCACGGUACCUCUUUGGCGGCAGCAUGUUUGACGACACACAGGAGAGCGGCGUGGGUGGCGGCGGUCUGCGCGGGGCCUACGCGACGCUGCGCAGCGCCGGUCUCUCGGGCACGCGCGACGAGCUGGCCGGGCUGGCCGGACGCGUCAUGGACCCGGAGUCGCUGCUGCGGCAGAGCAACAUGACGCCCGGCCUGCGCGACUGGGACCUCUGGGGCCCACUCGUGUUCUGCCUGCUGCUCAGCAUGCUGCUGAGCUUCAACGCGCGGUCGAACCAGCGCGACCUCGUCUUCUCGGGCGUCUUUGCGAUGGUGUGGAUCGGCGAGGCCGUGGUGACGCUGCAGAUCAAGUUGCUGGGCGGAAAUAUCUCCUUCGCCCAGAGCGUGUGCAUCAUCGGUUACACCCUCUUCCCGCUGGUGCUGGCAGCCCUGCUCUCGGCCCUGCACCUGCCAACGGUGGCCCGCAUACCCAUCUACCUCGUGCUCAUCGCCUGGGCCAUGGCGGCUGGCGUCAGCAUCCUGGGCGGCAGUGGCGUGCUCAAGAACCGCGUCGGCAUUGCCGUGUACCCGCUCCUCGUCUUCUACAUCGGCCUGGGCUCCAAUUGCUGA